GUUUCCAUAACUCAAAAACACAUCAAGAUACUUAAUCUCCUUAUCCGUCAAGAUGUCACCACCCACUCUACUUCUCCUUUGUUCCUUACUAGCCCUACUUUCGUUCUACCCAUCUCAAGCUUAUUCCGAUAACCAUGUCUGUAACUUACCAGACCAUGGUACAACCCUGAAAGUCAUGCAUAUCUACGGCAAAUGCUCACCAUUCAAACCAUCGAAAUCACUUUCAUGGGAAGAAACUGUGUUUGAUAUGGCUCGCAAAGACGAAAAUCGUCUUCAAUAUCUUUCCAGCCUUGUUGCAAGAAGAUCUGAUGUUCCGAUUGCAUCUGCCAGACAGAUUAUCCAGAGUCCUACUUACAUUGUUCGAGUUAACAUUGGCACACCAGCUCAAACAAUGCUGAUGGCCAUGGAUACUAGUAAUGAUGAAGCUUGGGUACCCUGUAAUGGCUGUUCAGGAUGCUCUUCUAAGCUCUUUGAUUCUACCAAAUCCACUUCUUACAAAACUCUUGGUUGCGGAUCUGCAGAAUGCAAGCAGGUUCGAAACCCAACAUGUGGUGGAUCAUCAGUCUGUACUUUCAAUCAGACUUAUGGUGUUUCAACUUUCUCAGCAAACCUCACACAAGACUCAGUUCAAUUAGCAAGAGACCUUAUCCCAAACUUCGCGUUUGCUUGUCUAGGAAAUGUAACAGGCAGCUCUGUCCCUCCACAAGGAUUACUUGGCCUAGGAAGAGGACCCUUAUCUCUCCUAUCCCAGUCCCAAAGUCUCUACAAAUCGACAUUCUCAUACUGUCUACCAAGUUUCAAAUCACCGAACUUCUCCGGUUCCCUAAGGUUAGGACCAGUAGCUCAACCCAAAAAAAUGAAGUACACCCCACUUCUAAAGAACCCAAGACGGUCAUCUCUCUAUUACGUUAACUUGUUAUCAAUUAGAGUUGGAAGUAAAGUAGUUGAUAUCCCACCAAGUGCAUUAGCCUUCAACCCCACAACCGGUGCCGGAACAAUUUUCGAUUCAGGGACAGUUUAUACACGGUUAGUUACCCCGGCUUAUGAGGCAGUAAGAAAUGAAUUCAGAAGGAGAAUUAAAGCCAAUGUUUCAUCGUUGGGUGGAUUUGAUACUUGUUACACACAACCCAUUGUUGCACCAACGAUAACACUUCAAUUUAGCGGGAUGAAUGUGACUUUGCCGCUUGACAAUAUCUUACUUCACAGUACUGCUGGAGGUACUACUUGCCUAGCUAUGGCCGCUGCUCCAGAUAAUGUGAACUCAGGUCUGAAUGUGAUAGCUAAUUUGCAACAACAAAACCAUCGGGUUUUGUUUGAUCUGCCAAAUUCCAGGCUUGGGGUUUCUCGUGAAACCUGUACCUGAUUCAGAGAAAUCACAUGAAUUCAGUCAGAAGACAAAAAUCAUCACAAAUAACUAGUGUUGUUAUUGGGUUUAUGUAUCAUCUACGAGUCUUUGUUUUGUAUCUCUUAAUUUGGUCGCUUUUGGAUUUUGUGGGUCAUUUUGAUGCAAACAUCGAGCCUAAUUAAUCAUCCAAGCAAGGGGCCUAUGAGAAUAGCGGUGUGAAGUGUUUAAUAUUUUCAUGUUGUAGUACUACUACUGCUACUGUGCUGUCUGCGCAUAAUGAUAUCACGAGUUGGUUAUCUGUUUGUGCAUUGAAAAGUGGUCAGAGAUAUUGAUUGCGUUGUUUGUCUCUCAUCGCGCUUUCUAGAUCUGUUUUUCUCACUCUAUCUUCUACUUUACUCUUUCUCUAGUAAUGUAAUGAUAUGUUUUU